AUGACUGGUGAUCUAAUUAUCAAUCUACGUAGUACAAAAACAGGUGAUACAAAUAAUUUUGAUGAUGAUCAAACGAUAACAACAAUUUUGGAUGAUAAUCAAAAUCAAGUUAAACCAUCUUCAUCAUCAGUGAAAUCAAAAGCACGACAAUUAAUCACGGAUGGUGAUGAUGAUGAUGAUAAUUGUAAAAUCAUUUCAAAUGAUACAGAUCAUGAUGAUUGUCUUGAUUGUAUACGUUCAAAUUUGGAACAAAAUUUACAACAUGCAAAAGAGACUGAUAUCAAUAAUGAUGAUGAAUCAAUAACAAAUACUGGACCAACAAAUGUAGAAUUGACCAAAACUACUAAUAAUAAUAAUAAUACAUUCAAAUCAUCAUCAAAAAUAUCAAAUUCAUUAUCAUCAACAGCAACGACAUCAUCGGGAAAUGUAUCAUCUGGUAUUGUAUGCGAUGAUGGCGAUGACGAUGGUGGUGGUAGUAGAAAACAAUCUGUAAAACAUGAAUCACCAUCAUCACCAUCACAUUCAUCAAAACCACCAUCAUCGAAUUGUUCAAGUGAUUAUCAACAUUUUUCAUUUUUUGAUCAACAACAACAAAAAUCAGAUAAAAAACAAGAAAAUUGUUAUGAAAAUAUUGGCGAUUGUUUAUUCAAAUCACAGGAAUCAAAUCUUUAUAAUUUAAUUCCUGAUGAUGAUGAUGAUGACGAUGAUGAUAAUGAUGAUUAUUCUCGAUCAAUGGAUGAAUUAUCGAUUGAAAGUGAUAAUAGUAGCCUGUUAUAUUAUUCAUCACCAAUAAAAUUAAAUGGUCAACAACAACUACAACAACAACAGCAACAACAAGGAAUCGAUACACCGAGUGCAUCACGACUAGCAAGACGAUUAUAUAAUCUUGAAGGAUUUAAAAAAUCUGAUGUAGCCAGACAUUUAUCGAAGAAUAAUGAAUUUUGUCGUACAGUGGCAGAAGAAUAUCUGAAAUUAUUUAAUUUUACUAAUCAAGAAUUGGAUGUUGCAUUACGGAAUUUUUUCUCCUAUUUUCAUUUGAUUGGUGAAACACAAGAACGUGAACGUGUUUUAGUUUAUUUCUCUAAACGUUAUCAUGAAUGUAAUCCAGAUACCGAAUUUAAAAGUAUUGAUUCAAUACACACCUUGACAUGUGCAUUGAUGUUAUUGAAUACGGAUUUACAUGAAGAGAACAUUCAACGUAAAAUGACUUGUUCAAAUUUUAUACUCAAUUUAGCCGGUAUGAAUGAUGGUGAUGAUUAUCCAAGUAAUCUAUUGAAAUAUCUUUAUUAUUCGGUCAAGAAUAAUCCACUUGGUUGGAUUGAUGAUGAAGAUCAAAUUAUAACAAUGGGAGGAAAAUCUACAACAACAACAAUAAAAAAUCGUAAUAAUAAUAAUAAUGUAUUUGCUAAAAUAACAACAAUAUCGAAAUCGAUUAGUUCACCAUAUGCAACAUUACCUAGAAAAUUUAAUCAACAAUUAUCGUCAUCAUCAUCAAUGAUGACAACAACGGCAACAAUAACAGCCGCAUCAGCAUUAGCAACAAGUCCAUUUAUUGAACUACCAAAUCCAUUGGUUGCAAUUGAAUAUAAAAAAGGUUAUAUUCGUCGUAAAUGUUGUUAUGAUUCAAAUGGACAUAAAACUUCAAUCGGUAAACGUAACUGGAAAUUAUUCUAUGCAACAUUACGAGAUCUAGUUCUUUAUCUACAUAAAGAUGAAAAUGGAUUUCGUAAAUCACAAUUACAGGAAAGUUUUGCCAAUUCAAUAAGAAUACAUCAUUCAAUUGCAUCGAAAGCGGAUGAUUAUCCUAAGAAAAAAUUUGUAUUUCGUUUAAUCACAGCUGAUUAUGCGGAAUAUUUAUUUGAAACUAGUGAUUCAAAAGAAUUACAAUCAUGGAUCGAAACGAUCAAUACAACUGCAGCUAGUCUCUCGGCACCAACAUUACCAAUGGCAGUAAGUUCGGAUAGUCGAAAAUUUAAAACAACAAAAGAAAUAUUUCCUGUUAGCCAUACUAAAUUAUCAUUGCGUGAACAACUAAAAGAUCAAGAAAAUAAAUUAUUAUCAUUACAAAAAGAUUUGGAACAAUUGUUGGAAAAAUCAUGCCAAAAUUCUAAAUAUCGUAAAGGAUUUAUGGAGAAAGAAACCUAUCUACAACAUGAGAUAAAACGUUAUCGUGUAUAUGUUUCCUGUUUACGAAGAGAAUUGAAAAAAUUAUCCAUACAAUCGUCGAAUGAUUUACAACAACAACAACAACAACAACAGCAUAAUGAUGAUUCAUCCACACAUUCAUCACAAAAUCAUCAUCAACAGGCAACAGUUGUAAAUCAUCAAGAUGAUCACGGUUUUCAAUAUCAUUCAUCGGAUGAUUCGGAUAAUUCUUGAAAAAAAAUUGAUUAAAAAAAAAGAACACGAUCGGCUACUAUCUUGAAGAAGCAAAAAAAAAUUCUUACCGGCAUCUUACCUUAUUCUAUUCUAAUCUAUACUAUUUUUUGUGAUCUAUUUUUUUAUUUGUUAUUUUUCAUCAUUUUUCUCCCCACUAUCUCUCAUCAUCAUCAUCAUCAUCAUCAUCUACCCUCUCAAAAUAACGAAACCAGAAUUUGGAAACCAUAUAUAUAUACUACUUUUACUACCACUAAACGCGCGUACACAGGCAGCCAUAAACAUUAUUUUUUUCA